CGCUGCGGAGCGCUGCUGCUGCUCGCCGCCCUCGGAUCCUUCCGUCUGCGCCUCGCCCGUGCCGCAGCAUCAUGUCCCCGGAGCCUGGACUGUGCCCUGCAGCGCCGAGAGUUCUGCCCGCCGGGGUCAGGUGCCUGCGGGCCCUGCCUGCCCCCCUUCCAGGAGGAUGACCAUGGCCGCUGUGUCCAGAAGCAGCUCUCACCCAGUGGACGGACCUCCAUUCCCAGCUUGGAGGCAGAAAUUGAUUUUCUUGCGGAUGUGCUGGCCAGGCAGGAGGCUCCUCGCCACCACCCUCUACAGGAUGGCAGACCCAGGACCACCCUGGUGCCUGACCGCGGCAGACAGCGUGCAAGCAGUGGGCUGAGAGGGGGGCAUCUGCAGCAGGGUCCUGCUGGCACCAUGGCAGCCACCACCCUCCCCACCACUGCCACGGUCCAGAAGUACCCGGUGGAGGCAUCUCCCAUCCCUGCAAAUGACAACAUGGUGCUUGGGCUGAUUGUGGUGUGCACAGUGGCUGGAAUCUCAGCGCUGAUCGUGGCAGCCAUCUGCUGGUGCAGGCUGCAGAAGGAGAUCAGGCUGGCACAGAAAGCAGAGUAUUCAGCCCAGCGAGCAGCCAGCCCCCUGCCCUAUGACAAGAUCUCGCCCGGGGACAAGACGCUGGCUCAGAGUGCCCAAAUGUACCACUACCAGCAUCAAAAGCAGCAGAUGCUCUCCCUGGAGAAGCAUAAAGAGGAGCCCAAGCUGCCAGACCCAGCAUCAUCUGAUGAGGAGAAUGAGGAUGGAGACUUCACCGUGUAUGAGUGCCCUGGGCUGGCUCCGACCGGAGAAAUGGAAGUGAGAAACCCACUGUUUGAUGACUCCUCCUUACACCCCUCCAACCCGAAGUCGCACCAGUAACCACCCCAUCUCCUGCGCCCGAGCUUGCUACAGACUGUGCCCGCGGCCGUGCCCGGCGGGGUGGCCGUGCCGGAGGGGCACCCACAGCUGGGCCGAGGGACGCUGACCCCGCGCUGACAGACUGUUCCACGCCUGCCCAAUAAACACCCACUAACAGCUAUGGGGGGGGAUUGCCCCCGUUUCCAGCGUCCUUGUCCUCUUUGCUGCUGUCAUCGCGUCCCUGCGUAGCCCUUCGCUCACAACUCUCGGGGCGCAGGGGGCGGCUGCUUUGGCACAGAAAUUGUUGGGGGUGCUGCCCUGGCACUGUCCCUUUGUAGUUGGCUUUCAGGAGGGGGCUGCUGCCUUGGCUGCAGCAAGGCUGAUGCAUAGCAGCUGGGAAGGAGUCAGAGAGAGGGUCAGAAAGCAGAAGAGGGCCAGGAGGGCUGGGCAUGCUCAUGCCUGGUAUCAGGGCUGACAGCCUGCCCAGAGCCCAUCUGCCAGGGAUGGAGCCUUUCCCUGGAGCAGGUGUCAUCACUAAGGGCUUCAGUGCCCAUUCUGCCUCCUCCACCCCAGCCUGGGCAGCUUCUGGCAGCAGAAUAGUGCUCUGGGAGCCAAUAGCAGGAGCAGGAGAAGCUCCAGCAGGCACUGGCAUCACUCCCCAGGAUGCUCCUUCAGCUGCUGCCCUGUGCUCUGACCCCUUUAGGGGUGCUGGGCUUCAGGACAGUCCCAAUGCCACUGUGAUCUGGGAGCCCAGUCUGUGCUGGCAGAGGAUGGGCUCUCUCUUACCACAGGCCUCAGUGGGGUAAAAGCUCGAGAAAAAGUGUUCAAGGUUUUGUUUUUAAGAUUAUGUGGCUGUGGGGGAGGCAGGAAUAGGGCUGGAAGGAGCUGGGGUGGCUGAGAGGGGCAGCCAAGGCAUGGGGGCUCUGCUGUGCUGCUUCAAACCCCACAGAGCUCGUGUCCUGGCAGCAUCCCUGUGGAGCCUGGCACUGUGUGUUCUCUGAGAAUCCCUCUGUGGCAGGCAACAGUCUCCACUGCUGCAUCCCAGGCACCUCUUGGGUCUCAGACCCUCUGCACCCCUCCGUUGCCCAUGUCCAGCCUCACCAGCCCUCACCAACAUGUUCUUGCUUGGAGCCCAGAGCUCUUCCUCAAACCCUCACAGGUGCAUAGGCCAUGGACCCCUCCAGUGGAAGGCCCAGAACAGGGUUUGGGUUAGUUUGUCCUGUGGCUUCAUGUCCAGACCCUGUUGUGGACUGCCACAGCCACAGGUGACCUCUUGUGCUCUCUGGAGCCAUUGUACAUGGACAGGCAUGGGCAGGGCAGGCAGCAGUGGCAGGGAUGUGCUGGUGAGUGAUGGUGGCAUGGGACCAUCCCUGUCCCUGGUGGGGUAGCUGACAGAGGCCAUCAUGGCUCAGGUUCUGUCCCCGUGUCCUGCACUCCCCCUCCCCUGGGCUGCUGCCACUCUCCCCACACCUCUUGUCGUUGUUGUAAGAAUUGUAGUUCUUUUAAAAGGAGAUUUUAUUAAACGACGAUGUUUGAGACCCA